CUUCUCUCACAUCUUCUCAUUGAACUACUAGAAAGCUCUUUCUCUCUCUGUUUCUGGCCUCUUCCCUGCAAGUUCUCAUUGCAUACUGAAACUUUAGAAAUCUCUCUCUCCCUCUCUAAUAAUGGAGGCCGACCCAACAUAUGGAUUUCCGUUGACUUUGCCUCUUCUGUUUGAAGAGAAGAAGAAUGGUCUGGGAAGCAGUGACAAGCUAGAGGAAGUAGAGUCAAACCAUCACCAUGAUGCCUCCACAAGCACCACCUCUUUCUUCAAAACCUGUUUCAAUGGACUAAAUGCCUUAUCAGGAGUUGGGAUAUUAUCAGUUCCUUAUGCACUGGCCUCAGGAGGGUGGCUAAGCUUGAUACUAUUCUUUACUCUUGCACUAGCAGCCUUUUACUCUGGCUUGCUCAUUAAAAGAUGCAUGGAUUUCGAUUCCAACAUUCGAACAUACCCCGACAUUGGAGAACGCGCUUUCGGAAACAAAGGAAGGAUUAUAAUAUCAGUCAUCAUGUACACAGAGCUCUACUUAGUCUCAGCAGGCUUCCUGAUUCUAGAAGGGGACAACUUGAGCAAUCUGUUUCCGGGGGUCGGGCUCGAGUUUUCGGGAUUAGCUAUUGAUGGGAAACAAUGCUUUGUGUUGAUUGUUGCCCUUGUUAUCUUACCAUCAGUUUGGUUGGAUAAUCUGAGCCUUCUUUCUUAUCUCUCAGCAAGUGGGGUUUUAGCCUCUGCUAUCAUUCUGGGAUCGAUUCUGUGGACCGGCGCUUUCGACGGAAUUGGAUUCCGCCAAGAGGGAACUCUGCUUAAUUGGAGCGGAAUCCCUACUGCUGUUAGUUUGUUUGCCUUUUGUUAUUGUGCACACCCAGUUUUCCCCACCCUCUACAGUUCCAUGAAGGAAAAACACCAAUUCUCCAAUGUCCUGCUUCUCUGUUUCCUCCUCUGCACUAUUAGCUACGCAUCAAUGGCAGUAUUCGGGUACUUAAUGUUCGGAUCCGGGGUUGAAUCACAGAUCACUUUGAACCUCCCAACAGCAAAGCUCAGCUCAAGAGUGGCAAUAUACACAACAUUGGUCAAUCCCAUAGCUAAAUAUGCUCUAAUGGUCACACCCAUAAUUGACGCUGUAAAAAAUGGAUGUCCGUGCCCCAUUAACAAACGACUCUUAAGUCUAUUGAUUGGCACAACCUUGGUCAUCAGCUCUGUCGUAGUAGCACUAUCCGUGCCAUUUUUCGCUUCCCUAAUGUCAUUGGUUGGGGCAUUUUUGAGCGUCGCAGCUUCAAUCAUACUUCCAUGUUUGUGUUACUUAAAGAUUUCUGGUGUUUACCGGAGAUUUGGAUUUGAAGUGGUGGUUCUAGUGGGGAUUAUAUUAAUGGGCGUUGCAGUUACUGUAUUUGGUACCUAUACGUCUGUAUUAGAGAUAAUAGGAAAUCUGAAAAUGUAAAAACUUAUAUUUUUUGGGAGGUUCAGAGAGCAUAUCAUUGGAUUUGCCUCUUUGGAUUUUUGUUUAGGAUAGUUUUUAUUGGAUUUGCCUCUUUGGAUUCUUGUUUAGGAUAGUUUUUAUUGACCACUGCUUGGGAGUUGUUGAACAAGUUAUGCUUAGCAUUUUGUGAGCGCCAACUGUAGCUCAUGUUAAUCAAUGUAUUUUUUUUUUUUAAAAUAAAAAUGAGUGUAAACAGUUUGUCC